AUGUUGUGUUUUUUACUCCUCGUUGUGGUGAAUUUGGCGGGUGGUUCGGACACAGACAACGAUGUAUUCUCUAUGGACGAAAGUUUGGAAGCGUCCGAUAGGCGGAGGCCGGCCAACGGUCAGGAGAAGGAUAUUUUGUUGUUGGACGCGCUGGGGAGGCGGAAAGGCUCGUACGGCACCGGCUAUAGCUCGUCACAGGAAGACGAAUCUAUUAUGGACCUUUUGGGCAAAAUGAUCCCUCAAUCUUGCCGCUUCCGUGGAGCUCGGUAUUCCUGCGGGCUGAGCAUUUCGUGUGUCCUGGGGGGUGGGAAACCCCUCGAUCUCUGUUCCGGGGGGAUGAUUUGGGCCUGCUGCGUGGACCGGGACACGACCGAGAAACCAACUGAGAUUGCCCCGAUUGUACAUAAUGCUAGUGACCUAAUAGAGAUCAUCGGCACAUUCCCACACGAUACAUACGAGACAAACCAAUUCGAAGACCCCAUCAUCAUAUACACGGACAACCGUCCACACAAACCGGUCCCCGAACCGGACAGACCGAAACCGGAUUGGAAUUACUUCCACGUGAAGCCGUCGUACCACGAGAGUACGACCGGGUAUCCGGCUUUCGAAACGGAUAGUGAUGAUGAUUAUGUACCAGUGCAUGUCUCGAGGCCCAGUUAUCCGGGCUGUGGUGAACACUUCACUCGAUCGAAUCGUAUAGUCGGAGGUCACUCCACUGGUUUCGGAUCACAUCCCUGGCAAGCUGCCCUGAUCAAGUCAGGGUUUUUGAGUAAAAAGCUAGCGUGUGGUGGCGCCCUUAUAUCGGACAGAUGGGUUAUAACCGCCGCUCAUUGUGUUGCUACAACGCCGAACUCUCAACUGCGCGUGCGCCUAGGGGAAUGGGACGUUAGAGACGCGGGUGAGCGGUACUCGCACGAAGAAUUCUCUGUGCAACGAAAGGAGGUGCAUCCAGCUUAUGAACCGGCUGAUUUUCGAAAUGACGUGGCCUUGGUCCAGUUGGACCGAGGCGUCGUUUUCAAGCAACACAUUCUGCCUGUGUGUCUACCACAAAAGCAGAUGAAACUAGCUGGUAAAAUGGCGACCGUCGCUGGCUGGGGAAGGACGAGACAUGGCCAGAGCACUGUUCCUUCUGUUCUUCAGGAAGUGGACGUAGAAGUUAUACCGAACGAGAGAUGCCAGAGAUGGUUCCGUGCAGCAGGAAGGAGGGAAACGAUCCACGACGUCUUCCUCUGCGCUGGAUAUAAGGAGGGUGGUCGCGAUUCCUGCCAAGGGGACUCUGGCGGUCCACUAACCAUGAAAUACGAGGGGAGAAGCACCCUUAUAGGCCUGGUUUCUUGGGGAAUUGGCUGCGGACGGGAACACCUGCCCGGCGUGUAUACGAACAUACAAAAAUUCGUGCCGUGGAUAGAUAAAUUAGUUAGCACAUGA